AUGAAACAGGGAUGCGCCAAGCUGGUUUUCAAUUCCCUCUCCAAUGUCUGGAAUUGUCCACACGGUUACAUAUCAUGGGCUAUUGAUCAAUCGGACCCUGAAAAUACCAAGGCUCAAGUCGAGUGCAGCGCAACCAAAUGUUCUUCAGAAGUUACUCGUAACGUUAUUGUUCGGGGGGACACAAGCUUCUCUGAUGAGCUUAUUGGGCUGGAAGCAACAGCACAGGCAGUCCAGAACAACAUCGAAGCUCCAGCGGCCAGGCUCAAUGACGACUUUCCGAAAAUCUCAGAAGAUGACUACAUCAAGGCCAGGAACUGUGCACCUGGUCAUCUUAGUCUCAAGAUUCCGUCUGGUGACGAGCCCUAUAUCGGAGUUAAGUGCAGCGCUGCUAGACGUGGUUUCAACUUCGGGGUACUCAGCUUACUGGUGGUGGUGAUUGCAGCGUCCAGCUUUCAUCUGUCGUAA